GUUUCCUGGGUCAGAGGUAGCCCUCAGCCUCCAUUGCCUCCUUCCAUUGUGGAGCAGCCCCAGCCGACCUGACUGCCCUCCAUGAAGCAGCAGCAGCAGCAGCAGCAGCAGCAUCAGGAGCAGCUCUUCCUCUGAGGCUCAUAGAAAGGGCACCCCUUUUCCUCCCCUGCCUCUUUCCUGGGAAGAAAGGUAAGAGGAAGUGUCAAUAUGAGCCACAUGGAGGAGAAUUUUAGCCCUGAAGAGGCGCGAUCCCAGCUCGUGACCAAAAGGAAACUCCUUAAGAUGCUGAGCUUAAGUCCGGGACACAGCCAGGUGCGUGGAAGUGAAGGGAGAGAGAAGAAGAUCCCUUCCAUGACGUGGCCAGUGAAACCGGUGCAUACCAUCAAGAAACGCAAAGCCUUCUUGGUCCAUCGGGGGACCCAGACGGAAGAAAUCCCUGAUAUUUGCAUUGAGUGUGGGAAAGUCUUCAUACAGAACUCAAGCCUGAUCAACCCAUGGCCUGUCCAGCCCGACGAUAAACCACAUAAAUGUUCUGAAUGUGGAAAAAGCUUUACUGUUCGUUCCAGCCUGAAUCGGCACCAGAGGAUCCACACGGGUGAGAAACCUUACAUAUGUCUUGAUUGUGGCAAACGAUUCAAUGACAAGUCCAACCUCACGCAACACCAGCGCAUCCACACUGGGGAGAAGCCCUAUGAAUGCAUUGACUGUGGAAAAAGCUACAGCCGCAGCUCCCAUAAGAAGAAACACUUGAAGGACUCGGACGAGCAGGAGGAAGCUUGUGUCCAAGAGGAAGAGGCCGAGGUCAGCGGGAUUGGUGAAAAGCCCAAACCAAAACAGAAAGCGGAGGUGCUGAACACCUGUACAGAGUGCCUGCGGAGCUUCAGCCACAAUGCUGACUUGAUCAAGCACAUGCGCAUCCAUACCGGGGAGAAACCCUACAAGUGCAACAUCUGUGAGAAAAGCUUCAACGUCAGCUCCAACCUCUUUAGGCACCAGAGAAUUCACACAGGCGAGAAGCCUUAUGUGUGCUCCGAGUGUGGGAAUUGCUUCACUGACAAAUCGACCCUGGUUCAGCACCACCGGAUCCAUACUGGGGAGAAGCCUUACGCCUGCCGAUUCUGUGGCAAGUGCUUUAGCCACAGCUCACACCACAAGAGACAUGAGAAGAUUCACAACAGAGAAAACCCCUUGUUUGCCUACCCUAUCCCGUUGUUUUAACAGGUCGUUCUCAAGACGAGGAGGAGAGCGAGGAUAGAGAACUGUGUGCCUCGGGGAACUCAUAUAUAUAUAUUUUCAUUCUUUCUGAAGAGCGCAGGAAUCAUCUUGAAAGAUUUUGCCAGUAGGAUUUCAGACACCACUUAGGUUCCCCUUGUGACUGAGUACAACUACUGGAUAUUGAUACACACAUCUAUAGUAUCUUUAAUAAGAUCCAGAUGCUACAUAGGUUGAAAUAAAAGCUAAAAAUCUGGUGAAUUAAUAUUCACUUGUGAAUUUUAAUAAUCUCAGAUGAAUUUUGUGAAUAUCUGAAAACAGCUAUCUAUUUUCCUCACAUAUAUUGCCAAGAUCCUGGAAGAUGUCAGUUUAUGGUCAUCAUUUUCUGCCCCAUGUCUUUGUUUUGCAGCAUUCUCAAGAUUGAUCCGAUUGUCUACAUUCAAUGUUACCAAAUCAGACCUUCCCAGGCAUCCUGUACACAGCACUUGUUCAAGAUACUAUAGCAUUAUUUAUUGAUAUCCACUAAUUGUAUUGAAUGGUGAGUGAAACUCCUGGUAGUGUUCGUACUUGGAGUCACUGGGCCUUCUUUAAUUUUUGGCUCUUCUUACUACCUAGAGAAAAUAGGCUGCAGGUCCUUUUGAGGGGGAGGGGAAGAAAACUCCCCAUCUCUAUGCAAAGACUCCUGAGUAAUAGAGAAUCUGCCCUUAGGAGAUAGUGCUAGUAGUAAAUUAACCUCAGUACCCUUUUGCUUGAGGGCUUAAGUUUUCCCCCUCCUCCUUUUUGGAUAGUAGUUCCCAGCCACUGGAUUACACUUUUCUUAUUGUCUGCUAAAUUAGGAGGUCCAAUUGAUGGAAAUUUACCUGCCUCGUAGGUUUCUACAGAUUGAGGUUAGUCCCCCCCCCCCUAUUAUUUUAUGUCUCAUUAGAAAGCUAGAUUGUUUGAGACCUUUGUAGAAGGCAUGCUUCCCAGACCUUGGAACUGUAUCCCACCCCUUCCCACUUUCGUUGCGCUUCUUAAAAAGCAAUGUGGCUACUAAGGAAUGGACAUUCAGAGGUGGACGAGCCUUGUUAUUCUAUAGCAACAGGAAGACAAAUUGUGCUAUAGCACUUUAAGAGACUGAGUGGUUUAUUGUAGCCUUGGCUAUCCUAGGCCACAUACUCCCAUCAGAUACUCACAUGGUGGACUGAGAAGGUGGAGUGUAUGUGUGUGUGUAUGUGUGUGUGUAUAUAUAUAUGAUAUAUAUAUAUGUUUGUGUGUGUGCGUGCGUGCAUAUGUGACACUUAUGCACAUGUGCACCCAUACAGAUUGAAAACCAAAUUACACAAGGUGAAAGGACAUUAACAAACAACGUGUCCAGAUUAGUGGGCCGCUGAUCAUAUAAACAAAAUAUCUAGCAAAAUGGAGAACGGUUUCCCUUUAGUGAUGAACCAAACACUUGUUAACCCUUAUUCAAGCACUGAGAACCCUUAUCGAAAUUAAGAAAUUAUCUCUUCCUGUUCUUUUUUCUUUUUUAAAUAUUGCAAUCCUAAGGACAAAGGGUCCUUAAAUGGAUGUGGCCAAUUUGCCCGUUGGUUUCUGUGUGUUUCUCAUUUCUCAAGUCCAGUUUGUGUACGGAAGUGUGUUCUCACAAAUUCUAAUUCAGUUUGUGGCUGGAGAAAAUGUUACCUGAAUCACAGCUCUGCCAUGGACUCAACAGACAAAGUCACUACUUCUGUGCCUCUGAUGUUCCUCUGUUUAUGAAAGAAAGGAAAGGAAGAAGGCAAAACACGUGCUACUUCCCCCUUCCCCAGAAUAUUUAGUGACCUACUUACAGUAACUGGGUAGUUGUGAUAAUUAAUUAUUGAAAAGAAAGAAGGCAAGUAAAUGUUUUGAACCUCCCAGAACUUUAGAUGUUGGGUGAAACUGUAAAUCUAGAUCUAACAGAGAUAGCCUGAAAUGAAAUUGUUAAAAGUAACACGAAGGGGAAAAUUUGAGAUUAGCUGUCCAUAGAAGACUGCUGUUUGCUAUAUCUAAGUAAUUUUUGUGGUUAGCUUUUAUUGUUUUGGUAGGCAUCCUUUACAAAAAAAAAUGUUUGUCCUUUAAUAGAGUGUCUGAUAGGAAAUCUAACGUUUUAUCUUUUGUAGCAGUUAAUUCUACAGGAUAAUUAAACACAUUGUACAAUUGGCUUUUUUGCCACCUUGCGUGAAAUUGAGAGAGGGCAGGCAUCAGUGUGUCCCCUAAUUCUACCAAUAACAGGAAAAACAGAACCAAACAACGUUUCUAGCCCAUCCACAUGUGCUGUAUUCUGUCUGAAUCCAUGUUUGUUUCUGCAAUAUGCAUUUCUGUAUUCCAGAAAGGCAAACUUUUGGUUAUUAGAGGCAUUUAGAAUAUUAUUUGUAGAAUUUUGUUUGAACAUUUGAGUGUGUGUGUUUCUUUUUAAAAAAAGAAAAAUUAGGUGAUCUGGAUGAUAAUCUCAGUUACAAAUCGUUUUAUUGCUUUUUGUUCCCAUAAUAUCUGAAUACUGCUGCAGCACUAUUACAUCCUGAUAGUUUGUUACAGUGUGCCAGUAUACUUGAGGGAUCCCCUCUUCUUAGAGUGUUGAUAGUGUUUCUUGGGACCCUUUCACAGUGAACUGUCAAACUUUGAAGGAGACAACCAAACUUGCAAUCCCAUAUGUACCUGGUAUCUCAUUUGAAACAUUUAAAACAACAGCAACAGUGGAUCAGCAAUAUGAGUGAUUCCAUGCCAGUGUCCUGAUUCAGCAGUUUCCUUCAGGCUGAUGAUCCCUGCUCACAUGGAUGAUUUUUGAUAAAAAGCCAUUUAGGUUAAUGAAUGGGAGUUGCAUCUCAGUGGUUUGUCUUCAUGAUGUAGUUCUCAAGAGGCAUAAAACUUCAGCACAUGAAGGUUCUUUCAGUUACCAUAGUGAGAGCUCAGAAAACUUAACAUUUUUGGACUGUAACACCCAUAAUCCCCCAACCAACAUAGUAAUUGGCUCUGGUGGCCCAGGGAUUCUGGGCGUUGCAGUAAAAAAAGUGAGUUUUCUGAGGUCCAAACAUCAUGUAAAGCCACUGAUAGACAUAACCGCCAUUCAUUUAUCUAAAUACCAGCAUGGCCCAGUGAUAAAAAUUCCAGGAGGCAGGAUAGACUCUAGUAUAUUGUUGGAGCAAAAAUGUUGGAUUAAGUACAUCUGUGGUUUUAAGCAGAAAGGCAGUCUAUAUAUAUAUGGCCAUGCUGACCGAGGAAUUCUGGGAAUUGUAGACCAAAUAAAAUAAAAUCGAUGUUUUCCCAAGUGUAUAUUCACCCAGUGAUCAAUGUGAAUUGUUGCUUUUUUCCUUUCCAGGAUCCCUGCCAUGUUAUUUAUACCUGUCACUAUUAAACUUUAGUGAUGAGCACGGGUGAAACAUGUUGCCAGACUUCCAUAAUGUUUUGCUGGUACUUUGUACCUGCCUGUUCCUGCAUAUUUCCACCAGUAUGUUCCCUGCUGCACAGAGACUUCCCCACCCCACACCCUACACUGCCAUUCUGUUUCCCAGUGGAAAGAUUUCCCCAUUAACUUGAAUGACAGGCACAGUUUCAAAUGCCAGAAAGCGCUCUCUCUCUCUCUCGUAAUGAGUUAAUGGGGGCACUGGUUGUGCCACAGGAUCUGAAAAAUAUUCUUUGUGGGGGACCUUGAGCUCUGAAUGGAAAGAAGGGAAGUGGAAUCUAUCCCCUCCCCCCAAAUUACAACUCUUUCUUUGGAGCACAACAGUAAGUGUGUGUGUAUGUUAAAUCACACUUUUGUUCCUUUUUUAAAAAUAGGUGGUGUGGUGUAAUGAUUUUAAAGAAAGCCUUCCUGUUGAAGUGAAUGGAGAGUUAUAAUAACUUAAUCAACAUAGUAUCUAAGCAUUUCCCUGGUGAAUGAAAUCUUAAGAAAAAUAAUAAUAAAUUGCGAUUUACUACUGUGCA